AUGUUCGGUCUUCUUGCGGACUUGAUGUCCUCCGUCAUCACCAUCUUUUUUCCCGUAUUUGCAUCCUAUAAAGCACUCCGCUCGUCUGAUCCCUCCCAACUCGCACCAUGGCUGAUGUACUGGGUUGUACUGUCUGUUAUUUUGCUAGCGGAAUCCUGGACAGUAUUUAUUAUCGGAUGGUUCCCAUUCUAUAGUUGGAUUCGUCUCUUUUUUAUGGGCUAUCUUGUCUUGCCCCAAACCCAAGGCGCACGGUUAAUAUACCAACAAUAUGUGGAUCCCUUCUUGGAACACCACGAGCGAGAAAUUGAGGAGCUUAUCGGUCACACCCAUGCACAGGCCAAGGCGCUAGGCCUCCAGUACUUCUACAUGGUUGUUGAUCUUUUUCGGGAAAAAAUUCUCGGUCUCCCUCACCAGCAAAAAGCACCUCCAAGUCCAUCUCCCAGCGGGCCUGUCUCCUAUGCUCAGUCGUUGCUGUCUCGAUUCAACCUACCCGCUACUGCGGAGCCUUCUAACACCACAUCAAAUGACUGGACUUCAUAUAUGACCUCGGCUCUACGCUCUGUCACUGCCACAGGCAAGUCUCAUGAAGAGCAACAGGAGGAGCUUUCAGCUAGUGGAAAUCUGCUCCAACGGCAGAUUCAAUCCAUGACCCCCAUCGAAAAGGCGCAGUAUAUCUCGUCUCAGCGACAGGUGCUUGAUUUUCUGCGAUCAACCUUGGCAAGGGAGGAACAAUCGAUGGAUCACAACGACCACGACACAGAAGAUCUCGCCUAUGGUGGUGGCGGUGUGUCUUUGCGGAAGAACCGCAGUGAUAAUUCCUUUGACGUAGUUGAUGAUGAUGAUCUGGAGAACCGCUCCAACCGACACACCAGCAGUCGGUGGGGUGGUUGGCUUGGAGCCGAUCAUGAUCCUCCCAAAUCAUAUGGUCCUGAAUCCGCAACGCGGUCGUCUGGAUAUGAUCGAUACUAA